GAUGCUUCAGUGAAGAAAACGGAUAUCGUUGAUAUAAAGACAACACAGAUGAAGUCCACCGAUGAUUUCGAUAUUAAAACUGAAAUGGCAACUGUAGAACAUCGUCUUUACGCCUUCAAAGAGAAACUGGAACUGAUGGUACGACGACAAGUAGAACUUGAAAAAAGACUACAAGACGCUGAAGUGUACGCCGGAGAGAACGUUCAGCUGCAACGGCGAAACGACCAGUUACUUGCAGAGAACUGCGAGCUGAGAAGUCAACUACAGCAGUUGAGUGCAAACGCUGACGGCGUGGCAGAGACUGUCUCACCUUAG